AUGAGCGGCGUCGUGGGCGAUGGCGGAGGGCGGGAUGCAGCGUAUCGUGAGGGAGGGGCGUUGGUUGAGACGAAGCACAAAAAGCGAGAGAAGCACGCGUCGACUGGAGUCCAAACAGCCACUAUACGGGCUCUGAGUGCACGUCUUCUCACCUUCUAUUUUCGAGCGCCCAUCAAAGCAUUCUUCCGACCCAGGAUUGAUUAUAUGGGCUAUGCUAGGGCGAUCAAUCCCAGUGUUCGAGCAGGCGAAGCCUGGUCAUGGAGAAUGACCUCGCCAGCACUAUUAGUGAGUGCCGUGAGACAAUAUGGAUGGGGUUUCCUCCCUAAUCAGGUCCUGCCGCCUCUACUGGCAAACACCGCUGUUGGAGCUGUCCUAUACACAGGGUAUCUUCAAGUGCUUGGCCUGCUACACGAGCCGUCCUCGUAUUCUACCAAGCGUGUAUAUCCACCGCCGCCACCAAGUACUGCUUUCGCUGCCGGAUUUGUGGCUGGGUCUAUCCAAAGCGUCUUAGCCGCACCACUGGAUGCCUUGCAGACACGAUUCCAGUCCACGGAGAUGCUUGAGGGCAAGUACAAGAACAUGUGGCAAUACGGUUGGCAGAAGACUCGAGAAAUCGGUGCACGUGGCAUCUUUGCUGGAUGGACGCUCUCUUUUGUCAGAGACUCUAUUGGUGCCGGUGUGUUCUUCGCAACCUUUGAGACCAUCAAGUCGCAGUGCUUUUACAGCUUCGUAUCGACAUGGUAUGGAGACUGGGGGAAGCUGUCAGACUCUCAGCGAGAAACCAUCACCGCCCAGCGGAGCCACACCGCAGCGCCGCCGGAGAUCACACCUCAUUACAUGGUCGAGCCAACCUUCCUCCUCCUAGCAGGUGCGGCGGCCUCUAUUGCGCAGGCACUGAUCCAUCAUCCAAUCAGCCGCAUCCAAGAAAUUCAUUACGGGCGCCUGGAAUGGAUCGACUCGCACGAUCACCACAAACCCGGCGAGCUGAAGACCAAGGCUUUGAAAUUGUACGCAGCGGCCUACCGGAAGUCAUGGAAACAAUGCCUGGCCAUAGCUCGGCGUGAAGGUGGUUUGCGACGAUGGCUUUAUAAAGAUUUUUUCUUUGCGACUAUCCGUCAAGUACCCAGCACAGCUGCUGGUCUGAUCGUCUUUGAGGUUCUCAGGCGGAAGUACGGUAAUACCGACGAAGCCUUGAGGAUUCCCAAAGAUGGCUACGAAAUCGUUUUGAUAUAA